AUGGCCGGGUUUAGCAAACUCGCGCCGAUGGCCGUGGCCCGGUUAUCUCUUGGAAACCUAACUCCCCAGAACGCUAGACGUAUGUUGCAGAAUAUUAUUAUUUACGUUUUUAGUGAUCGCCGUCCGAUCUGGUCAUGCCCAUCUCUUCAGAAGACGACCAGGUCAGUUAUUAACGAAUAGAUUGAAGGAUGUUUCUCAUUUUUACAUGGUCGGCAUUGGAAUGCUUCCAUGUGCUAUUAUUGUGAUCAUCUCACACAUUAUCUUUGGUGAGUAAUUGAAUAUAAUAUAUUUUAUUACGUUGUUCUUUUUGUACUUUAAUUUUUAGGCUCGAACUGUGAAUUGGUUGAUUAUCCAGAGAAGGGGCAUCCCCACUUCUGGCAGUUCGAACGGACUCCUCUUCGCCAAUUUUACGUCCGAUUUUUUGGUGUGAGUGAUGUUGAAGGAUAUGAAAGGAACAUGGCUCUGGCAGAGAGAACUAGCAUCUUCGCUCGCUGGAGACGUUUCGAACAGAGAGUAAAACAUCUGGAAGGAGAACGAUGGGAUUACAAAGGGUUCUAUUACGAGCCCGUCUCUUCCCAUUGGGUCGACUAUUGUAGAUAUCAAGCUGAGAGAUACAGCAAGAAGUACGAACCACACGGACAUUAUCCCUAUUAGGUUUUUUUCUUUGUUCUUCGCAUAUAAACAGGUAUCAUGGUAUCUGAGACUCGGAUUUACAUCGUUAUUUCGAGGGAAACGUACUUGAUUUUGCUUUUUUGUAAUUACAGCGUCAAUACAGGUGUACAGAAUGAGAUGCGGGUUCGAUUAGAAAAGGUUUUCGUAUUGAUCGUAGUUGUAGUUGUGGGUUUUUUCUACUUCGUGUCUACUAGUAAUGACAGCUCACCACUGGAUGUUGAUUGUCUGAUCGAAGGAACAAGGCGAAUCCAUUGUAUAAAAAAAGGAAUAGAAAUUUAUUUUCCCUUUAAUUUUAUCAAGAAACAGUUUGAUGUAAAUGGGAAAUGGGUGACCGGUAAGGUAAAAAGUGCGUUUGGAGAUGGUUUCAGAUACUCGGUUUGAGUAUUACACAUCAUACUCAAAGUCAAAGAAACCAGAUAUGAAGAAUUACAGUUCAUUUGGAUCGUUUGGCAACUUUGGUUCCUAUAAUGUUGAAAAGAGAGACCGGGUUGGAUGUAUUCAUGGUACAGAACAGGUCCCGAUGAGUAUUCAAUGGCAGUCAAUCCCCUACUUUUAUCCCAUUCAGAUAUCUCAGUUCGGUUUGCAACAUUUCUCUCGUCUUCAAACAGGUGAGGCGCUGUGAUAAUCCUUUAUUGAUGAUUUUAGACCCCCCUCCUAAGUUGCAUAAAAUCUUGAAGGAUAAUAUAAACCGAGGAAAUUUCAUAUCGUUUAUAAAGGACGAUGCCUCUUACAUACGAUUAAACGAUCUCACAGAUACAGUAACCAUAGAUCUUAACUCAGAUCCCGAUCUCUCUAUAAUUUUAUUCAAAUGGACUCCUCUAAAUUACAAUUCUUACUUUUCAAUAUUAGUCCGAGACAUCAAUGAUACAUUAGUGAUCCUAAAAUACGUGAUCGAAGAUGAUAAAAGAUGUGUCUGGUCGAAUAAAAGCAAUGUGAGUGUAUGGUACGUAUUCAAAAAAAUUCCAGUUGUAUUAUCAAUCACUGAACGCUGUGGUUAAUAGUUCUAUGGAUGUGACUCGUGACUUCAUCGUCGAUAUAAUAAAAGCAACGAGUUCAAAGAGUAAUUCCGACCAAAAGAUUGGUAAGAGAAUAGCGUUGUUCUAAAAGUCAAUUUCAGAUUUCUUUAAACCAAUUUCAAUUUCCUUCAACGGGCCUUCCCAACUUCAAUUCCCAAUUAUUCAACAAUCUUCAGCCCACAAGGAAUUGUUUCUGAAUGCUGCCAAUUGGUUAUUACGACAUCAGGACGAGGAUGGAAUCUGGCCAGUUCCGGUGAAGCGGAAUAUCGUAGAUAAAAAACUCACUCUCAAACCGGGAUGGUCUAGUGCUAUGGCGCAAGGUCAUGGAAUCAGUACUCUAGUUAGGGCUUAUCAUCUGACCAAAGAAGAGAAGUAUAAAAACGCCGCGAGACAAGCGUUGUCGCCCUACGAAAGGCUGGCGGUAGAUGGUGGUGUGAAGAACGAAGUAUUCGGGCUGCCCUGGUAUGAGGAAUAUCCAACAACACCGCCGAGUUUGGUGUUGAACGGCUUCAUCUACUCUUUGAUCGGGUUAUAUGACUUUUCUCAGAUCGAAAAUGGGACUGCAUGGAGAUUAUUUCAAGACGGCCUUAAUUCACUGAACCAGAUGCUACCUCUAUAUGACACAGGAUCGGGAUCUGUGUACGAUCUAAGGCAUUUGUUCCUGAAAACGGCUCCAAACUUAGCUCGUUGGGAUUACCACAAGGUCCAUAUAUACCUACUAAGGUGGCUUCAUAUCAUAACGAAGGAGAAAAUCUAUUACGAUUAUUCGGAACGAUGGUUAUUAUAUUCAACGGGAAAACGGGCUAAACACAAUUAA